AUGCCCACAUUCGCGAGAGGUAGUCGCUCGCCGGAUUAUGAGAGCCGACCCAACCGUUUGAUGUCUAAUUCUCAAGCGUCGAAAAUAUUCGACGCCCCCGAGACUCUAGAACGUAUCCUCUUGGGCCUGGAUAUAUACACACUCUUGGUUUCAGCUCGAGUCUGCCACACAUGGAGCACCCCCAUCAAAUUCUCCCGCAAGAUCCAGCAAGCACUGUUCUAUAUUCCCGUCGAAACGCCAGCGCCACACCACCCCACGCACCAAGAACCCGCUUAUCACCGACAUAAUAUGGCCCGAGUUCAUCCACCGGCCACUGCUAUCGUACACCAGACCCGGAGCCGUCUGCUGUGCCGGGCUCUUCGAGAUUCCCGACAUGGCGUCGAAAAAGCGCGAAGCAGCGUAUCUCCGCCCGGAGGCCAGUUGGCAGAACAUGCUGCUCCAGCAGCCGCCCAACUUGUGCUGUCCGUCCCUGGAACCUAA